CGGUCCUUUCCAGUGGAGCAGUGUGUCGCGCCUACAGUGUUGGAAUCGAACGUCCCCGAGCGCACACAGCGUAGAGGAGAGUACGGCGCACGAGUCUCUGGAAGGGAGAUAACGGUUUGUGUUUUUACCCCCUCUCCACUCAAACAACAAGAACAAACCAAACCUGUUUUUAGGGGGGUUUUAACAGUAUUCUGCUCUAAAGGAGGAGGGAAGCCAGGGUUUGGAGCCGCAUUUUUUCUUUUUCGUUUUUUUUUUCUCCAUUUCUUUCCCCAAAAGAGGAUUCUGUGUUUUUCUUUUGCGGUGGUCUGUUCUUCGCACUCGCCGCAAAGAUGAUGGUCGGAGAGGUCGAAGUGAAGGAGCGACCGAGGCCGAGUCCCGACUAUUUGAUGCAGUUAUUAAACGAGAAGAAGCUCAUGACCAGUUUGCCAAAUCUCUGCGGCAUAUUCACACAUCUGGAGAGGCUUCUCGAUGAAGAGAUCAACAGAGUGCGCAAAGACAUGUACAGUGACUCAGUGAAUGGCCUCGUGGAGAGACACCCGCUGGAGCUGCCUGAGCCCAUUGGACCCAUUGUUCACCUGCAGGAAAAACUGUUUGUGCCUGUCAAAGAGUACCCUGACUACAACUUUGUGGGGAGAAUCCUCGGGCCUCGCGGUCUCACAGCCAAACAGCUAGAAGCAGAGACGGGGUGCAAAAUCAUGGUGCGAGGCAAGAGUUCAAUGAGAGACAAGAAGAAGGAGGAGCAAAACAGAGGGAAGCCAAACUGGGAACACCUAAAUGAAGACCUCCAUGUCCUGAUUACAGUGGAAGACACACAGGCCAGGGCUGAGAUCAAGAUGAGGAGAGCAGUAGAGGAGGUCAAGAAGCUCCUCGUACCUGCUGCAGAGGGAGAGGACAACUUGAAGAAGAUGCAGCUAAUGGAGCUGGCAAUUCUCAACGGGACCUACAGAGACAAUAACAUCAAGGCGCCCACCCUUGCGUUCUCUCUUGCAGCGGCGGCAGCAGCCGCUCAGGGUCCCCGCCUCAUAGCGGCCCCCACGGGCCAGGUGUUGCCUCCUCCGGGACUCCGACCCCAAACACCGGCUGGGGCUCCCAUCAUGAACCUCAUCCGGCCCACUCAGAUGGCUGCCAUGUUGCCUAACGGCACACCCACGCUGGUGCCUCCCACACCGGACGGUGGGCUCAUCUACACCACGCCAUAUGAGUACCCAUACGCCCUGGCACCCACCUCCCUGCUGGAGUACCCCAUCGAGCACAGUGGGGUUCUAGGUAAGAGAGCCUGGGGGAGCAUGGGUGCAGUCGGUACAAUGGCCAGCUUUAGCCAGCCUGGACAGGAGGGCAGCUUGUUUUACCCCGGAAUUGGGGUUCUGGACGCGGCUACCAUGAGCCACAGUCAGGACUUGUUUAAAGGUGCAAUGGCUACUAAAGUGAGACGGCAUGACGCGCGGGUCCAUCCUUACCAAAGGAUUGUGACCACUGACAGAGGUCAGUUUAGUCUAUUAGUUACACUCUGCUAUUGACUGAUGCAUUUCAAUGACUAUUAUUGCCUAUUAUGCCCCUAUGCCUUAGUUGGGUUUUGUAUAUUGUGUGUAUUGGUAUACAUCUAUAUACAUAUAUAUAUAUAUUUUUCUCCUUGUUUCUCCACCCCCUUCCCCCACUACCACUCCCCCUUUUCAAUCCCAUACUUCCACACACCAGCUAAAUGGUUGAUUGUGGUAUGCACAUUUGUUUACAUCUAGUACUUAAAUAUAUUCAAAUAUGCAAACCUGUUGUCAGAAAACUUGGUAAACUUGGGAAUGAUGCAAUAAAAACAAGAAGUGCAAAUUGAUAAUGUGCUUGAAUCUUAAACAAACAGAAAGUAACGUGUUUUUUUUUUUUGUUCUUUUUUUUUUCUCAUCUAUUCUUGACCCAUGAAUGAGUUAUUCAUUUAGAGUCUAGGCAUUUAGAUACAAAAGUCUUAGUUUGGUUGAGAUUGAUCUGGACUGCAGGCCGGAA